UGGGAGGGGGAGCACCGAGGUAGGGACACGUCUGGGGCAGUGACGGCUUCUGUGCGGCGAUGCAGAGAGAAUAAGCGAGAAGGUUGGGUCAGUGCCAGACGCUUGACAGACUCCCGCUGGCUUUGGGAGACCCCCCGCCCCACCACCACCACCACCACCACGAUCUCCUGGUCCUGAAUGUGCUCACUCGCUCCUCCUGGGGCUGGGACCACUCGCUCUGCGCUGUCUGGGCUCUCGGCUCCCGGGACUCAGCAGAUGCUCAUCGCUCUCUGCCCGAGGUCUGCAAGCGCUAACGCUAGCCAAGUAACCAAAACCUACCGGUGAUGUGUGCAAAGACCUCCCGUUGCCUUCCCCGAAUAAGAAUAAUGUCUGGUCCGAGGCGUGGUUCUCAUGGUUUUUGAACUUUGAUGUGAUGCCGGUAAAGAGACUCUAAAUGAGAAACACCUGGAGCCAUUGAGAAAAAAGUUGGUCAGUGUAAGUCCCUGCCAAGGUAUCCUUUUGCUAAGCCUAAAAUUAAGAGUGAUCAGUCUGAGUUUGCUGUUGGAACAUCUUGGGAAUAUGAAUGCCUUCCUGGGUACAUCAAGAGGUCAUUCUUUAUCACCUGCCUAAAGACCUCCAAGUGGUCAGAUGCUCAGCAAUUGUGUACACGUAAAUCAUGUAUGAGUCCUGGAGAACUCCUCCAUGGUUCUGUCCUCAUACCCAUGAGUGUCGUGAUUGGGUCAACAAUUACAUAUUCUUGUGAUCAAGGAUAUCGACUUAUUGGUGAUUCAUCUGCUACAUGUAUUAUCUCAGACAAUAUUGUAACCUGGGAUAAGGACAUGCCUCUUUGUGAAUCUAUUCCUUGUGAGCCACCCCCAGCCAUCUCCAAUGGGGACUUUUACAGCAGCAGUAGAGAGGACUUUUUCUAUGGAAUGGUGGUAACUUAUAAGUGCCACAUUGGACCAAAUGGAAAAAAGCUGUUUGACCUCCUGGGUGAAAAGUCCAUAUAUUGCACCAGCAAAGACAAUCGAGUUGGCAUCUGGAGUGGCCCUCCCCCUCAGUGUAUUCCUCCAGUCAAAUGCCCAAUUCCAGAAGUUGAAAAUGGAAUUAUGGAAUCUGGAUUUGGACGUUCAUUUUCUUUAAAUGAUACUGUGAUGUUUAGGUGUAAACCUGGCUUUACCAUGAAAGGCAGCAAUGUAGUAUGGUGCCAACUAAACAGCAAAUGGAAUCCUCCACUGCCAAAGUGCUUUAAGGGGUGUCUACCACCUCCACAUAUCAACCACAGUAGUUAUAACAUCUUGGAUAAGCAGUUCUUUCCAAUUGGACAGGAAGUGUCCUACAGCUGUGACCCUGGCUACACCCUCAUUGGAACUAACCCUAUACAGUGUACAUCCUUGGGAACCUGGAGUCAUGCAGCCCCUGAAUGUGAAGCAAAAUCAUGCGAUGCCAUUCCAAACCAACUUCUCAAUGGCCGUGUGGUGGCUCCUCCUAAUCUCCAGCUUGGGGCAGUGGUUUCAUUUGUUUGUGAUAAGGGGUACCGAUUAAAUGGCCAAUCUUCUAGUCAGUGUGUCUCAGAAGGAAUAAGAGUACUCUGGAAUAAUAUGUUUCCUGUCUGUGAACGGAUUUCUUGUGACCCUCCUCCUCCUAUCAAAAAUGGUUGGAAUAGUUAUUCUUCUGGUCCCAUACCUCUUAACACUGUGGUAAGGUACACUUGUUCUAGUGCCUUCCGCCUCAUUGGAGAAAGAAUCCUUUUUUGUAUAAGUAAAGACCAAGUGAAAGGAAUCUGGGAUAAAGCUGCUCCUGUAUGUGAAUAUUAUAAUAGAAAUUCUCUUUGCCCUGAGCCCAUAGUAGCAGGAGGAUACAGAGAUAAAAGAUCUAGACCACCAUACAGACACGGUGAUUCUGUGACAUUUACCUGUGAUACCAACUUUACCAUGAAAGGAAACAAAUCUGUUUGGUGCCAAGCAAAUAAAACCUGGGGGCCAACACCACUACCAAUCUGUGAGAGUGAUUUCCCCCAGGAGUGUCCACCACUUCCGACCAUCCCCAAUGGAUCUCACACAGGGGAGAGGGUUGGCCCCUUUGCCCCAGGAUUAGCUGUGACUUACACCUGUGAACCUGGUUACUUGCUUGUUGGAGAAAAGACCAUUAGAUGUUUGUCUUCGGGAAAGUGGAGUGCUGUUAUUCCCACAUGUAAAGAAGCACAGUGUGAACCUCCAGGACCAUUUCUCAAUGGACAGAUAAAGGGCCCUCCAAGUCUUCGGGUUGGUGCGACUGUGAACUUUGACUGUAACGAAGGGUAUUGGUUACAAGGCCAACCUUCCAGUCAGUGUGUAAUUGCUGGACAGCGGGCUUCUUGGACCAGGAUGCCAGUAUGCAAAGAAAUUGUUUGCCUGCCACCUCCUUCUAUUCUCAAUGGAAGACAUACAGGCAGCUCUUCGGGGAACUUUCCAUACAGAAGCACAGUUACUUACACCUGUGACCCAGACCCAGAGAAAGGAGUGAGAUAUAUCCUUACCGGGGAGAAGACUAUCCGUUGUAUCACCAAUAGUCAGAAGACUGGGAUCUGGAGUCACCCUGCCCCAAGCUGUGAACUUUCUAGUUCUGCCAUUCAGUGUCUACCUCCCCAGAUCCUAAGAGGCCAAAUAUCAUCUGGGCAGAAAGACCAAUAUUCCUAUAACGACACCGUGGUAUUUGCUUGCUCAUAUGGCUUCACCCUGAAGGGCAGCAAGGCAAUCCGAUGUAAUGCUCAAGGCACGUGGGAGCCACCAGCACCAGUCUGUGAAAAGGGGUGCCAAGCCCCUCCUACAAUCCUCAAUGGGCAAAAGGAAGAUGGACACAUGGUCCGCUUUGACCCAGGAACAUCUAUAAAGUACAGCUGUGACCCUGGCUAUGUGCUCGUGGGGAAAGAAUCCAUACGUUGUACCUCUGAGGGGGUGUGGACACCCACUGCCCCCGAAUGCAAAGUGGCAGAGUGUGAACCUAUAGAAAAGCAAGUCUUUAAGAAACCCCAGGAUCAAUUUGUUAGACCAGAUGUUAACUCUUCUUGCGACGAAGGGUACCGGUUAGGAGGGAGUGUUUAUCAGAAGUGCCAAGGAGCGAUUCCUUGGUUUAUGGAGAUUCGUCUUUGUGAAGAAAUCAUCUGCCCACCACCUCCUGCCAUCUACAAUGGGAAACACACGGGGAGUUCCUCAGGAGAUAUUCUAUAUGGAACCACGGUCACCUACACAUGCAACCCUGGGCCAGAAAGCGGAGUGGAAUUCAACCUCAUUGGGGAGAGCACCAUCCGUUGUAUAAGCAAUGACCAAGAGAGGGGCACCUGGAGUGGGCCUGCCCCUGUCUGUAAACUCUUCCUCCCUGCUGUUCAGUGUCCACCUGCCCAGGUUGCAAAUGGAUACAAGAUAUCUGGCAAGGAUGCCCCAUAUUUCUACAAUGACAGUGUGACAUUCAAGUGUAAUCAUGGAUUUAUUUUGAAGGGCAGCCAUCAGAUUCGUUGCAAAGCCGAUAGCACCUGGGAUCCUGAAAUACCAGUUUGUGAAAAAGAAGCACCAUGUCAGCCUGUGAGAGAUUUUCAAGAGCCUCCCAUUCAUUCACAUGUGAUACCAGUCAAUAUAUCCUGUCAAGAUGGGUACCGGUUGACAGGACAUACUUAUCAGAAGUGUCAAGAUGCUGAGAAUAGGGUUUGGUUCCAAAAGAUUCCACUUUGUAAAGUAAUUCACUGUCAGCCUCCACCCAUGAUUGACCAUGGAAGGCCCAGGGGCGUGAUGGCAGAACCCUUUCUAUAUGGAAAUGAAGUCUCUUAUGAAUGUGACCAAGGAUUCUCUCUUCUGGGAGAGAAAAAUAUACGAUGCAUAAGUGAUUCUGAAGGACAUGGAUCUUGGACUGGACCUUCCCCAAAGUGCUUAAAAUCUCUGCCUGUGAUUCACUGCCCUAGCCCAGAAGUCAAACAUGGGUACAAGCUCAACAAAACUCGUUCCUCAUAUUCCCACAAUGACACAGUGUAUGUCGCCUGCAAUCCUGGCUUCAUCAUGAAUGGCAGUCACGUGAUUAGGUGUCAUACCAAUAACAAAUGGGUGCCAGGUGUACCGACUUGUAUCAAAAAGGCUUCCUUAGGAUGUCAACCUCCACUUAAGAUACCCAACGGGAAUCAUACCGGUGGAGAUAUAGUUCGAUUUUCUCCCGGAAUGUCAAUCCUAUACAGCUGUGACCAAGGCUACCUGCUUGUGGGAGAAGCACUCCUUCUUUGCACACAUGAGGGAACCUGGAGCCAAUCUGCCCCUUAUUGUAAAGAGGUAAACUGUAGCUCCCCAGAGUAUAUGAAUGGAAUCCAGAAAGGGCUGGAGCCUGGGAAAAUGUAUCAGUAUGGUGCGAUCGUCACUUUGGAGUGUGAAGAGGGUUAUACCCUGGAAGGCAGUCCCCAGAGCCAAUGUCAGGAUGAUCAGGGAUGGAACCCGCCCCUGGCUGUCUGCAAAUCACCGGCUUCACUUGCUCCUCUUCUUAGUGGUCUUUCUGCAGGUUCACUUCUUCUUGUAUUCUUGAUUGGUGUCACCUUAUACACAAUAUUAAAACACAGAGAAUGCAAUUAUUCUACAAAUCAAAUCCCUCAAGAAGGAGAUCUUCAUUUAGAAACACGGGAAGUAUAUUCUAUUGAUCCAUACAACCCAGCAAGCUAAUCAGAAGACAAACUGUGUGCCUUCUUGUUUGGAUCCAACUGAACAUCGGUUGGGAAGAAACCAUUUUAAUUUCAACAAGUCUAUGUGUAUGGUCUCAGCAUCAGUGAAAUGACUUCAUAAGCUAGAACUUCCCAUAUGCACUUAUUCUCAAGCAGAACAAAGAAAGUUUGCUUGAUAAUAAAGAUGGAAGCCCAGUUUCACUGCCACAUGUUCUUCAAGGACUUUUUGAAGCCCCACCUGCCAUGUGCCCGGCACCAGGCUAUAGCUAUAAACACAUAACUCCAAAAGUAUCAUCAUUUUAAGGAAGGCAGUAGAAAGAGCUGUCAUCUUUAUCUCGACUCUUCUUUUGCAAUCAGCAUACUCACUGUUAUCAUAUACCUCUGGUCAUAAUGUGGUUUUAAUUAUUUAAGCCAAGUAGAGAGCAUUUCAUGUAGUUAUGAUGGGCAUACUUUUGUUGAGAAAUCUAAUUUUAUAUUAAUCAUAGCAUCUUGCUCUCAUAUGGUUAAACAUUUCACUUUUAUUUCCACUUGGUUUGAGGGCGUUUCUCCGCACAAUUUUUUUUUUUCAUUAUGGGAGUCAAGUUUUAAUUGUACGGUUUUGGUGUACAAAUUCAGGCUUUGGAUAUUUCCUUGGCAGUUCUGGCAGAGCUUUGGUUCCUUUAAAAAUGUGUAUAGUAGUCACUCAAAUAAAUUUUAUCUUUUAACAAAAA